AGUAAAAUAUAUAAUUUCUACAGUUACGGAUUUACACAAAAUCCGAAACUACACUUUCUAAGUAAACUUGAGGGCUAUUUGAAUUUGUUGUGAAAAGAAGACGCUCGCGAUAUCCGGAACUGCGUCAUGGGGACUGGAUUCCUAUUGGCUACGGGCAGAUAAAUCUACGCAUGACGUUAUUUUGAAAUUUCAGCGGCGGAGCGUUGCUUGUCAGUGAGAGCUGCACUACAGCCUUUGUGACACUUCUAGAAAUUCAAAGUUAGUCACAUACAGUGGAAUAAAAUGUCUUUUUCACGAGCUCCUUUGAGGAGAUUCAACGAACACGUAGGUUGCGCCCCUCCUCCGGGGUCCUAUGAGAUUAAACCUGGGGACCUGAGAGGAGCGACAUCCUUUGACAAAUCUGAUCGAUUCAAACCUCCUAAAGCGGCUGAUGGAGCUGCUAUGCUGCCGCCACCACCAUCGCCUUCCAGAAAUGCCUUAGUUUCUCCUGUCCGCAGGACUCUGUCGCUUGAUGUCCUUCCUGAAGGGUCAAGUGCAAAGAAAGACAGGAAUGGCAUGACUGCGGAGAGGAAGCAGCAGAAACUACUGGAGAAGGAGAUCCGGUCCCUGGUGCAACAGCGUGGGGAGCAGGAUCGUCGGGUACUCGCCCUGGAAGAAGAGCUAAAGAAGGUAGAGGCCAAGCUGUUGGCUGCAAUCAGGGAAAGGACCGGGCUCACUGCCAGUGUUACCACACUUGAGAGACAGCGAGCUGAACUCAAGAAAGUCAACGAGUUCCUAAAAAACAAGGUGUCUGCUGAUACAACAAAAAAGAGAAUCAAUUCCCUUACCAUGGAGUUGAUGGAAGCUAGGAACACUUUGGAUGUGAAAAACCAGGAAUUUAGUGUACUUCAGAUUAACACUGAAGGCCAAAUAAAAGUUUUAGAAACUGACCUACAAGCUGCAAGGGCUACACUCGCAGCUUUAAAGGACAGGAAUAAAGACUUGGAGGACCUCCAUCAGGUGACAAAAAGUCAGAAUGAAGAUCUGGAAAAGGAAAAUGCUCGAUUACAUGCUGUGAUACGGGAGCUCAGGGAGGAGAUCCGUGUAGUGCAGGGAUACCUGGAUGCAACCAAUGAUGAAAACCAGGAGCUCCGCUUGAAGAUUCAAGAGAAGACACAGAACACUGUUGCUGGUUCCCAAGUGGAGAAACUAAAGCAGCUGGAGUCCGAACUAGAGCGGUGUGUUUCUGAGCUUGAAACCACUCAAGAUGCGCUGCGGCAAAAAGAGGAGGUGGUACGCAAACUCCAGCAAGAGCUGCAGUCAACAAAGGAUGCUUUAUGGGAAAUGGAAAAGAAGUUGGAGGAACAAGAGCAGGAGCUGAAGUCUUCUAUGAGUGCCAUGGAGGAACAAAUAAAGUUAGCCAACCAAGAUGUUCAAGAAUCUCAAGUGACAGUAGGCCAGCAGGAAGCAGAGCUUUCUAGACUGAGGGAGGUGCUCCGGAGAACGGAGAAGGAGCUGGAUGAGCGAGUGGCGCAUCUUGAACAGAGGUGUCUGUUUUCCGAGGAAGAGAGAAGCAAGACUCAGGAGGAGGGACUAAGGAGGGUGGAAGAGUUGAAGAAGGAGCUGGGCUUGCUAAAGGAGGCUAAAAAAGAGGAGACAAAGAGAUGCACUGAGCUCCAGGAAGAACAUGCCAAGCUUACUGAGGAACUGGCAAAGGAAAGGUCAUUAGUGGACUCCCUAUCUGUGCUAGUGGAGCAGGAGCGAGAGGAUUCUGAGAAUCUGUUCAGACAGCUAAAGGAAGAGAUGGAAGAGGUCCUGGGAGAGCUUGCCCUUAUGGAAGAACAGGAGCAGAAUAAUCAGGAAAUGACAGAGAGUUGGGAGACCCUCCAAAGGCAGCUGGAGAGACAGCUGAGUGAUACAGAAGCACUUUUGGAGAGUAAAAGCAAUGACGUGGCAGCUGUGAAAGAGGAGCAUUUAGCUGCUGUGAGAGUGCUUGAAGAGGCGCACACAAAGUCCCUGAGCAAGAUGGCAGAAACUGUCACGGAGCUGGAAAGUACCAGAGAGGCUUUAAAGGAAGCAAAGGAAAGGCAGAGAGAGCUAGAACUUGAAAUUAAGGAGGUGAUCCUCACAGGGUUUCAACAGAAGGAGGAGGAGAUCAAGAGAGUCAGGGAAUGGUUAAAAGAGCAGCAGGCGAUACAGUUAGCUGGAGUGAAAGCCAGCGAGCAGAUUUUGAGAAUGUUGCUGGAGGUGCAGGCUUGCCUUGCACAAAAAGAUGAUGAGAUGAAGGCCGCGGAGGCGAGCCACGCUGUUCAGAUCAGUCAGCUACAGCAGGAGGUACAGCUGCAGAAAAAGGAGAAAGAAGACGCACUGGGACAACUGGGGGAAGAGAGAGGUCAGAGUGUAGCUCAGUUCCAAAAAGAGAGGGAAAAAGCCCAGAAACUGCUGGAGGAAAUCAGUGGGGAAAAGGAGGAAAUGACGACACAGCUCAAACAAGAAAGAGAGGAGAAGGUUAAAAUUCAGAUCGCCCUUCAGGAGGAGAAGGAAGCAUGUGAGGUUGAAAGGAAAGACCACCAGCAGCUAAGGUCAGAGGUGAUCAGACUACAGACUGAGCUCGAGAGAUUAAAGGAGGAAAGGAAAGGUCUACUGUCUCAGGUAGAGCUCAGAGACCAAUCUAAGGUGGAUCUUGAAAAUCAACUUAGCACGGCCGAGCAGGCCAGAAAUCUGCUUCAGUCUCACCUGGAUGAGGUUGAACAAGAAACCGAGAGCUUCCGGGCCCAAUUAGGCCUCGCAGAAGAGAAAACACAAGCUCUGCAGCGCGUGUUGGAUGAGGUGCGACAAGACGGACGAGCUAUAAGAGAGCAGGUAAAAGUACUGACUCAGGAGAAGGUUACGCUGCAGUGGGAGUUGGAGGAGCAGCGGCAGGAACUGCAAAGACAAAUAACUGAAGCACAAGAGAAGAGUUCUUCAAGUUCAGAGACCGAGCACUGGAAGAAACAAUAUGAGGAACUGUUUGCCAAAGUCAAGCCCUUCCAGGAACAGCUCGAUGCCUUUGCAGCAGAGCGAAAUGCACUACUUAAUGAGAACGGGGCAAACCAGGAGGAAUUAAACAAACUGGCUGACGCUUACGCUCGCCUCUUGGGACACCAGAACCAAAAGCAGAAGAUCAAACACGUGGUGAAGCUGAAGGAUGAGAACAUCUCUCUGAAACGGGAGGUGUCUAAGCUUCGCUCUCAGGUGAGCUGGCUAAAGACUGAUCUGGAGCAAGUGAAGUCAAAGCUCCCCAGUGCGCCUCGCCGCAGGUUUGACCCCAGCAAAGCUUUCCAACAUGAUAAGGAGAACAGGCAAGCUGAAGCGUCUGAGCCGCUUAAAGAUGGAAACCAUUAUGGACUUUAGGCUUUAGGACUCUGCUAGCAGCGCUGCCAAGAGACUUUUCUGAGAUCUAGUAUCUGUGGGUUAUGAGAGUGUAAACUGAGGUUUUACAGCCUUUUGUUUUAGUGUGUACAUUUUGUGUUUGGAUUUUUUUUUUUUUUUUAACAAAAACUGUUUAAAUUUAAUGAGGUAAAAGAUGGAAUAAAGUCUUAGAUGCUAACAAUUUGAGAUCAAAAGUGUAACUGGCUAAAAAUCCAAGGUGCAUUUUGCUAACUGAAUUUGAAUCUUUUUCAUUAAUCUUAGGGUUGUAGUAAUUAUCUCAUGGGGAAAAGCUCUGUCUUAUUCUGUAAAUAAAGACAAAUUUUAAUACUC